AUGUCGCCAGCCCAAAUGGAAUCGUUCCAGACGCUUCUGACGCCGCAGACCGAUCUCAGCAGCACGUCGCCGGCGCCCGUCCAGAUCAAGGACAAGAAGGGCCGGUCCACGUCGUGUUACCUGUGCCAGAAACGAAAGCAGAAGUGCGACCAGCGCUCGCCAAGCUGCACCAACUGUGUCAAGUCGCAGACCACGUGCGUGCAGCCGCCGCGGUAUGGCACGAGCAACAGAACCAACGUCAAGAGCGAGUACACGGUCUUUCUGGAGAAAAAGGUGCAGCAGCUGGAGAAGCUGCUGGAGGCCCGGAAUAAGGAAGAAGCCGAGCCGCCUUCCAAGUACAGAAAGAUCCGGCCGCUGGUGCGCGCCGAGGAGCCGCAGGUGUCGCUGAACCCGUACAGGGACACGCUGGGCAAGCCAAUUUUUCAAAAAAGAGCCGAUUUUCGACAUCGACCCGAAACUGUCGAAACAGCUCGUGGACAUCUACUUUGCGCUGCUACAGUACAAGUUUCCGAUGCUCAACGAGCAGGACCUGCUCAGCUUCCAGAACGACUACUACAACCGCGUGGCGCCCAAGAGCGCCGACGACUACCACUUCAGCUGUGCAAGGAUGUUUCUGGUGUACACGCUGAGCUCGACGCUGCACGAGACGACGGGCAAGUACAAGGGCCCGGAGCCGCUGCGGUUCUUCUCGGCCGCGCUGCGCCACAUCCUCAUGUUCGAGAACGUGCACAGCACGCAGAAGAUCGAGCUGCUGGUGCUGAUCACGUGCAACCUGAUCCGCAACGACACGGACAGCAACGGGGUGUACGACGUGAUUGGCCAGGCGAUGCAGCUGUGCAUCAAGCUGCGUCUGCACAAGAGCAGCAGCUACCAGAACGUGAGUCCGGCGAAGCGCGAUCGGCAGAUGCGGCUGUUCUGGUGCUGCUAUUUGCUGGAGAAAGCUAUCGCCAUCGCCAUUUCGAAGCCGUUCGUUCUGAAGGAGCGUCAGACCGACGCGGACGUCCCGAUGUUCGAGUACGAGCCGUCGCGCGCGCUGCAUCCGAGCGACAAGCUGUUCAUCAACCAGAUCAUCAAGAUCCGUCGCACAGAGGCGCGGUUCAUCGAGGAGCUCAAUAUUCUCGGGAGCACCUCGAUCACCACCAAAGACCAGCUGCCUGCGGUCGAGCGGUUUUUCCAGCAGCUGCAGGACUGGCGCAACGAGUGCCACGGGUUCAGCAGGGGCAUCGAAAACGAGACCCUGAGCAUCUACUACUACCGGUCUGUGCGGAACCUGAUCCAGCCGUUUCUGGAGCUGCUGGACCCGGAGGACCGUCUUUUCAAGGAGUGCCAGGCUGCCGCGGGCCAGAUCUGCCAGAGCAUCAAGGCGUUCCACCAGAAGACCGUGCGCGGCCACUCUGUGAUCAACAUCCACACCAUAUUUAUUGCCGGAGUCACGCUGAUCUACUGUCUGUGGUUGCACCGAAACCGCGACGAUAUGCGCCGCAAGCUGCUUGGAGACGACAAGAAACACACGCGGCCGGUCGUUUCGGAGGCGCUGUUUGCCGGGCUCGACGACCUGCGCGCGUGCUCUGUGUCGCUCUACGUGAUGUCGGAGCGCACCAAGUUUGCUCUCUCGUUUAG